AUGAAUUCUGUUAUCAAACGAUUGGCGCUGGGUUCUGGAAGUCCAUCUCCGCAACAGAAGAAACAAUUUGAAGGUGAUUCCAUCUUGUUAAAUAAAGCAGAUGCUGAAGAAAUAUCACCGGAAUUGGUACCAAUAGUAACACUAUUAAGUAGUCAACUGCAUCGUAGGUACCAUGAAGGUUUGUUUAUGCUUUACUACGAUUUAAAUACUGAAGGGAAACCGGCUGCAAGAGAAUGGAAAGAAGUGUAUGGAAUCCUUACUGGGAGUCAAUUGGCUUUUUGGGAUGCUGCAAAUCUAAGUGAAUUUAGAAAUAAUCCAUCUGCUCUAUUGGAGACAACUGCCAAACCAAACUAUAUCAAUCUCACGGAUGCGGUGUAUAAUGCUAUGAAAGUGCUCCCACUGGCUAGUCAAACAUUGAAUAACGUUAUUGUGGUAUCAACCACCCUUAAGAAUAGAUAUAUCAUUCAGUUUAAACUGACUAAAGAUUUAUUGGAAUGGUAUGCUGUUUUGCAGCUUGCAAAUUUUGAGAAUAGUAGUUUACAAGCUGCUUAUACUGGUGCACUUCUUUCAGCAAGAGGUUCAAGAUUAAGUGAUAUUAGAACCAUUCUUGCUGAGAAAAGAUUUAAUCAUGAAGAUUGGGUAAGUAUUCGGUACGGCUCAGGUAUGGCAUGGAAGAGAUGUUAUGCUGUUGUUGAACCUUCUUCUUGGAAGCGGAAAUCUUUCCAUCCAGGUAGAAUAUUGCUUUAUGAAAAUGAUCAGCAAAAGAAGAAACAAUUAAUGGGGGUUAUCAUCAAUGCUACAACUGUGGUCGCUGUGUAUCCACAAUCUCAUAUAUUGAUUGACCAUUCUACAAUGCUUAGAGUAGAAGCUUUAAUUAAUGUUAAAACACCAAAUGUGGCUCCCAAAGUAUCAAAGAAAGAUCUUGAAAACUUUAAACAAACUCCAGUUUUUAUCAUGCCUGAACAACAUUCUUCAGUUCCAGGAUUUGAUACUUUAAUUAGAUUUUUGGUUCCACUUUUGGAUUCAUUUGGACUUUAUGGAAGACCAAAGAGACUUAAGGCAGACAGAUUGGAUCCUGAAUCUCUUCUUUUUGGUUUACCAACACUUCCAAGAGUUCAUUAUUUAAAUGUGGAUGACGUAACUCCUUUAACAGAGAAUCCUGAUUGUCUUAAUUGGAAUCUGAAGAUUUGGAAUGAAAGAAUUAAACUGAUAUUGCAGUCAAAACUUGAGAAAGGUUAUGAAGGUUGUGGCAGUUCUCGUGGUUAUGCUGGUGCCAUAACUUCAUUAAGUAGCCCUGCAUCAAGUAGAAAUGCAUCAGGUUCUCCUCAAAAACUGGACUUUUCAACUGCACCACCGCCUCCUCCUGCUGGUGCUAUUGGUAACAACUUAAAGGGACAUCCUGCUACAAGUACAGAUUUCUAUCAUCUGCUGAAUAAUGGUUCUCAAUCUACUUUUGCAGCAUCAAAUCCACCUAUUCCUGUUGUCACUAUUGAUUCUGUGGAUGAUGAGAAAGAUAUUACAUCAGGUGGUAAUCCUGCUCAUAAAUCAGUGCAAUUGGAUGAAAUUUACCGAACUUAUGCUGGUGAAACCACCUCAAUUCUUGAUGGCUUGAACCGGGUCACCUUAUCGGAAAAUCCAUAUCCAAAGACUGAUAGUCAUUUGUUUGCUGAUGAUGAUGAAGAUGAAGAUGAAGAUGAAGACUCUGAUGACGAGCAUAUUGAUCCUAGAAAACUUGCAGGCUUUUCUGCUUGGAAUAGCAAUCGUAAUUCAUCUCACCUGUCAGUUCAAUCACCAAUGACUCAGUAUCAUAAUUUCCAUGAGCAAUUCAAUCAAGUUGCUGGAAGAAGUGCUGCAAUUGACAUGGAUAGGGUAGAUUCUUCUACACCACCACCUCCACCUCCUCCCAAGCAUCUGAAAGAAGGAAGUCAUACAAAACCAUUGGGGGGGACACUGGGUCUCGGAUUAUCUACCGAAACUAUCACACCUUAUCCUACUUCACAACCGGUUAAUAGUGAGGUCAGAAGCUCGGUAGCUCAUUUAUCGACUGAUCAAAAAUCCAUUCAUUCACAAUCAGGGAAGAUUAUUAGUGCUAAUUCAUCACCUUAUUCUGAUGGAGAAACAUCGCAGAAUGAUGAUAAUCCUGUUCAACAUGUUGUUCCAUAUCCUGUUAGCAAUAGUACAAAUAAGCCCAGAUACAUUCAUUCACCUAAUGUGAACCAAAGUGGAGGUCAAGCACAGAAGUUUGUAUCAGAGCCCAACGCCAGAAGUUCACCACCAAAAUCUUAUGGAGCUGUUGUACCACCAUUAUCAUCACAGCCUGGUCAUGGUAGAGGGAAUGCACCUGUUCAAGGUAAUGCAGCCGGAUCUUAUGGCAGACCAAUGCAGCAGCAACAGCAAGUGCCACCACAAUAUCAGGGGAAGCCUCAACAGUUUCACGGUCAAUCACCACAACAAUUCCAAGGGCAUCCUAUGAGAAUUCAUAUGCCUCAACAGAAUCAGCAACCACCACCACCACCGCCACAGCAACAACAACAACCACAAAGAUGGGCUCCACAACAACAACCACAGCAACAGCAACGGUACCAAGCUUCUGGGAUUCCACCGAAUGUUAACUAUCAAGCUCCACAGAAGUAUUCAGGUGUUCCACCAAAUGUCAACUAUCACCAACAACAACAGCAACAACAUCAAGCUCAAUAUCGUUCGAGAAUGGGAGGACCUCCACAGCCUCGAGGGCCACAACAGUUUGAGGUUUAUGGCAGCAAUAGCAACAAUAGCAGUAGUCUGUUCCAGUACCAAUCUCAUCCUCAACCCUUGAAUCAGCACCAGCAGCAACAACAACGAGGACAACAACAACAAGGACAACAACAACAAGGACAACAACAACAAGGACAACAGCAGCAAGGACAACAGCAGCAAGGACAACAGCAGCAAGGACAACAGCAACAAGGACAACAACCAGGUGCUCAUCAACGGUACCAAAGUCCAUUGCAACAACAGCAACAGCAAAGACCUCAAUAUAGCACUCCGUCUUCCUCAUUCAGACAGUACUAA